AUGGGUAACUCAUCGUCUCAAGAAGACGACGCUGCUAAUAAGCAACAGCAGCAGCAACACCAACAACAACAACAUCAUAGACAUCACUUUCACCAUUCUCAUCAUAAAGGUUCAAAUACUAGUACUCCAUCACAUGAUCAAGAGGAGUUCCCCCCUGUACCACCUCAAGGAUUUGAUCAGAUUCCCAUUGCUGGAGUAGGAGUUACUGCCACUACUAGUGUCUCCAAAGAGCAGGCUACUGUUAGCCCUCCCGGCGGAACCAGUGGUAAUACCGGAUCACUUAAUCAACAUCAAAGAUCAUCGAGUUUCCAUCAUGAGGAAUUUGCUAGUGCCAGUCAUGAAGAAAAUGUCAGACAGGUACCUGCCACGGCGACAACACCUUCAUCAGCAACGACCGCACAGCCACCAGCUGCUUCUGCCGGAGUAGGUGGCUCGAAUAAACCAGUUGUUCAACCCCUACAAUCAUACGAUGCGAACUCGACGAAUUCGAAUGAUGGAGCCAAAAGGCCGCCUCUACGAAGGAAAUCCACUCUGCUGCUUGAUGAGCCAGCUGAAAUGGAUGAAGAGGAAAUGGAACUGUCGAAACUUAAACUGACUAAUGAGUUGAAACCACUGUCACGAGCAGGAUCAGGCGAAGAAGUUGUUCUUACUAACCAAGACGAUUAUCAAGGAAAUGUAUUUAGUACUGUGAUUGAUUGGAAACAGGGAGGAAACAAGGUAUACGUUACAGGAACAUUUACCGGCUGGCGUAAGAUGAUCCGACUGUCUAAAGUCAGUGAAGAGCAAUUACAGAAUCAGAAAGCUCACGCGGAUGCAUCCGGUGAUAACCAACAGCCUCCAUUGGCAAGCACCCCACCUACUAUUUCUAAGGAUUUGUUUUCUGUGGUGCUUAAACUACCAAAAGGAACACAUAGACUUCGUUUUGUUGUAGACAAUGAACUUCGUUGUUCGGAUUUCUUACCUACUGCUACUGAUUCCAUGGGUAACUUGGUCAACUAUAUUGAAGUAGGAGUAGAAGAAGAUCGGCCAGUGCAAAGCCAAUCUCAAGCUGUAGCAGGUGGCAUUGGUGGAGACGACGAGGGUGAUGGAGAGUACGAGAAGUUUAAUGAGGACGACGAAAUGCUCCGCGAACCCGUAUUGCAAUAUGGAAACGAAAUUCCUUCUGUAUUCACCGAUCCUGAGGUCAUGGACCAGUUUGUGUCAUCUGACUUUGUUACACCUCCCCAACUUCCUCCACACCUUGAGGGCGUCAUCCUUAAUUCUAACUCGACAGAAAAGGACAACAAUUCUAUUCUUCCUAUUCCAAACCAUGUCGUGCUAAACCAUCUUGCGACCACCUCUAUCAAGCAUAACGUACUCGCAGUUGCAUCGAUCAGUCGUUACUCGCGCAAGUACGUGACUCAGAUCCUCUAUGCUCCUUUAUAA